ACUUCCGGUUGGGCCGGCGGCCCGGCGGGACUGGGCGCUCCGGUUCCGUCCCCUCUGCCGGGCCCCGUCCUGCCCGGGCGGCGGCAUGGAGAAGCUGCGGCGGGUGCUGACGGGGCAGGACGACGAGGAGCAGGGACUGACGGCGCAGGUCCUCGAUGCCUCAACACUCAGCUUUGGAACUCGAGUCAGAUGGUUUGCCAUAUGUUUUGUUGCUGGCAUUGUGUGUUCUCUCCUUGGAACAGCACUGUUGUGGCUCCCAAACGGCAUCAGACUUUUUGCAUUGUUUUACACCCUGGGAAAUAUUGCUGCGUUAGCCAGUACAUGUUUCCUGAUGGGGCCACUGAAGCAAUUAAAAGCAAUGUUUGAAUCCAAAAGAUUAAUAGCUACACUUGUGAUGUUGCUUUGCCUGGUGUUGACUCUGUGUGCUGUAUUCUGGUGGAAAAAAAAAGGUUUGGCAGUGUUAUUCUGCUUAUUGCAGUCCUUGGCAAUGACCUGGUAUAGUCUGUCAUAUAUUCCUUUUGCAAGGGAUGCAGUGAUUAAGUGCUUCUCGUCCUGCCUAGAGUAAAUUAACAGAAACCACUGUAUGCUUUAAAACCCAAGUUUUACUCUUCAGUGAAUUUUGCUUGGGAAACUAUCCACUCAUGAAACACCCAGUAACAAUUUCGUAUUUGUCUUGCCUUUUCCAUUUGGGGAAUUACAUAAUUUUACUAGAAACAGUUUUUAAAAUAAAUUGGGUGAACUGUUUGUGUUUACCCUGAAACUUUUAGUCUUUUUAGCAAAAAAGUACAUUUAAAUACUUUGUGCAGAGUUGUCUUAAAACUACCUUGCAUCUGGUAACAGUUUAUUCCCCAGUGGAGGCAAGCCACUAAGAUCUGGGUAGUAUGCAUAAAGAUGUCAUUUAAAGUUCUGUCUAAAAAUUGCUAUGUGCCAUUUAUGUGUGUAUAUUAUUCAUUGUAUGCUUUUCCAUGGACAGUUUUAUAAAUGUUGUAAAGAUUUGGUAAGUUAUCAUGAACUGCUCCUUUGAAAUGUCUAUACAUGUGCUGUAUGGGAAAAGCUUAAUGAGAAUAUGUGAAAGAUCUGUUUAAAGCUUGUUGGAUUUUAUUAAAAGCUAUAUUUUAAAUGAUUUUUUAAAAAUAUGUUUAAAUACUUUUUACUAAAAGAACCUAUGGCUAAUAUAUAAAUGAGAUUUAUGAAAUAAAUCAGUUUAAAGGUG